AUGAAGCUUUCUACCACCGCCCUCGUGGCCGUUUUGCUCUCUACUGCUGCCGUGUCGGCUGCUCCUACUCAGAUUACCGCUGAGAAGAUCGACACCAACUCGUUGGUGAAGAAGUCUGACAUCAACGAUGUCAUGGCCUUGAUUGAGCAGUUGGGCCAAAACAACCAGAAGAGAGCAUUGAUCGAGGAUGAGGCACAGCUCUUGGAACUUGCUACCAGAGACCAGUCUUUGUUGGCCCAAUUGAUCACCGCAUUGCUGAACUCUGGCCUUAUAGGCGACAUCUGGAAGAUCUUGACCACAGACCAGCAGUUGAAGAGUCUUGUUGUCGGCAUGGUCAAGAGUGCAAUCAAAGGUGCUAUCGCGCAAGGCCCUGCCUUGAUUCAAGCUGUUUGGCAAUCUGGUUUGCUCCAGACGAUCUUCAAGGAUAUCUUCCAGAAUGGUGAAUUGAGACCACUUCUCUUCAGUGCCGCAAAGGCCAUCUUCUCCUCGGGCUUGAACUUGUUGAAGGCCUUCCUUGCCAUGAGAAACGGCGGAAGCACCGGAACUACUCCUGCUCCAAGCACAGGCUCCGGCGCUGCUGCUAAGAGAGAGCUUGACACCGAUGCUAGUGACAACGUCAUUAGACUGUUCGACUUGUCUCAAUUGGGUGAUGAUGACUUCAUUGACAAGAGAGACAUGUUGGCUGUUGCCCAGCAAGUGUACACUGCUAUCAAGAACACUGGUUUGGUCCAGGGUCUUGUCCAAAAGGCAUUGGCUGACCCACAAGCAUCCAUCUCUUUGUUGACCAACGUUUUGAAGAAGGGCUGGGUCUUGGGCACAGACGUCUACAACUGGGCCAACCAGUCUGGUAUUCUCCAGUCUGGUCUCAAGUGGCUCGGUGCCAAUGGUGCCACCUAUGCUUCUGACGUUGCGCAGUUCCUUGGUAACCAGAUCGCACAAGGAAAGGCUUCUGUCAGCGACAUUGACAAUGCACAGCCUAUCUCUGGUGGUACCACCACUCCAACUGCUGCUGCUGCUGCUCCUGCUGCUUCCGGCUACAAGCAGAGAAGAAACUAUUAG